CUUUAAUCACACAACCUAACUGUCUUCUUUUGUCACUGAAAAGUCAUGAGAUUGGGCAUUGCACAGCUGCUCCAGCAUAUGAGGGCACAGUGUGGGCUCCCUUAUGACUCCUGGAUUCCAACACUGCCAGCAGCCUGAAGUUCCUAAGGCAUAAUCCAUUUUGGUUUUUAUUUCUUGUACUUACAAAAGAGCAACCAAGUGCAAUAAAAAAAAAACACACCAACAUCCAGCUCUUUACUGUAGUAAAGAGCAAAGGGAGGGGAAAUAAGGAAGGAUUAGGAGUUUGAAAGUACUGGUUUUCAUACAGUGCUUCUAACCACACAAGUAUUUUGUUUCUGAAAGUCUGCUGAAAUGGGCUUCAGACUAUAAAAUGCUUGAUUUGAUGUUGGCUUGAAAACAGCGCCAGCAAAGCAGGCCGGUCGCAAACAUGAGGUGCUAUGGGUGAGGUGUCAGCAUUCGUUCCAAACACGCUUCUUGUUCUACCUGCUGGCUGAUCUUCAGCAGCUGAAGUCUUGCCUCUGCUUUGGCUUUUCUCCCCCUUAGAGCAAGCAAGUUUAUACCCAGAUCUUUAUUGCCUUCAGAUAUUUUAGACUAUAAUUAGGUUCCUCUUGCCCUCACCCCCCUUCCAGUCUCCCUUGUUUUCAAGGCUGAACAUGUUAAGCUCAAGAGGCUGUUGCCGCUAUCUCAGAUUGUGUUUGUUUCCACCCUCUGGACUCUCUCAAUGACGUAUGUCAUUUUUCAGACUUGGUUUUGGGUUUCAUGAGCACCUUUUAUGUGUGGGCUUCUUUUUUCUUUUCCUUUUUUCUGAUUCGUUAAUUUAGUUUUGACCGCAGAAAUGGAAAGGUAUGCGUUUUUGUGCUAAGGCUUGGCUUAAGGUGAUAGAAUUCUGAGCAAACACGAGAAAUGCACACCCAUCUCAUUAAAAAGAAUCAGAUUUGUAUCCUGAGAGAAUGCCUAGAAGUAUUACCAUGAAAGCAGACUGUUCCUCGGUCCCGGUAUCCACACGCCGCAGUGCGCUCAGUAAAUCUGUCGUGAUUGAAUGUAACCUUUAUUGCAUGUAGCCCAAGAGUUAGCUCAUGCCAUUUCGCAGCCGCCUGGCCUGAAUGGCGAUGACACAUGCGUUACAAGGCAGGCAUGUUUUAGCAGGGCACAGCUGCAGGCUGAAGUUCUAAUAAAAAGCUGUUUCAGGGCUCACGCUGCAGUGUUUGGGGUUUUCUCGCUGGGAUUUUGGUGUUUUUCGCUGUCGUUCAGCGUUCGGCCAGGAAUAGAAACUGCCUCUUUAAGAAGCCUCCGUGUAGGUAGCAGGAGCAGCCUGCAGAAUGCAGGGGAAGCUUAGCUUUGCUGCGAAGCCCGAGUGUAACCUAACUAGCUAGGGGAUAUGCAACUGCUGAUUGACAGCAGGACCAGCAUUAUGCAAAUGCUGCGAGAGCGGCGGCAGCCGGGGAGCGGUGCUGGGGGCUCUGUUAGGGAGCUCUCUACACACGCGGCGCUCAGCGCGCUGUACGUGCUGCGCUCGCUGCUCCUCCUGCCCGGUUUAACAGUCAAUAAACGGCACAAAACAAUUGUUGCUUUUUGGGGACGUCGUGGCGUGUAAAAUCUCGAGUGCGGUUUCAGUUUGAGAUACGUGUGAGAGAGCCGGAGCUAUGUGUCAGAGCUCGUUACUCAAGCUAAAUUAGGUAAUUUUUAGCUGGGUAAUGUGCUAAUCUUUAAACCUUUAUGUUUUUAAAUCCUGCGUACGUCUGGUCUCUUCAUACAAAAGUGUAUUUUGCUUGUUUCUUCUCGUCUUCUUCAGUCUGAAGCCUUAUGUAGGUCAGGCUUGGCUUAAGCAGAUUUCCUGAACCUGCGUCAGCUUAAGCUGAAGGAAUUUUAAUAAACCCUCCCUUGUAGGCGUGGGCCUAAAUGAGACUAGCCUAGUUAAGCCUGAUCUUUUUCUGUUUGUGAAAAAGAGCUGAGCAGAGCUAGGGACUGCAUGGUGGCUUCGGGAGCUGCUUCCUUAAUUCAAAGCUAACAAUGGUCGGGAAGGCCAGAUCUUCUAAUUUCACCUUAUCUGAAAAGCUCGAUUUGCUAAAACUCGUGAAGCCUUACGUUAAAAUUCUCGAAGAACACACCAAUAAGCAUUCUGUAAUAGUGGAAAAAAACAAAUGCUGGGAUAUCAUAGCCGAUAACUACAAUGCCAUCGGAGUAGAUCGCCCGCCUCGCACCGCACAGGGCCUGCGCACGCUGUACAAGAGGCUCAAAGAAUAUGCCAAACAGGAGCUAUUGCAGCAAAAGGAGACUCAUUCAGACUGUAAAAGCAGCAUUUCCGAGCCAACCAAGAAAGUUGUGGAGAUGAUUCCACAGAUUUCCAAUGUGUGUUUAAGAGACAGGAGCGGUGUACAAAGCACUAAUAUCGAUAAAGAAACAAUUGCUGGUACCAGUUCACCACAGGCAAUGUUGGAUCACCAUCCUGCUACAGUCAUGAUGGAUUUGCAAUCAGAAGAGGAUGUCAAACCUCCUCCUUCUUUGAUUAUAGACUCACAGCCAAGUGAGAACGUAGAACAAGAGGAAGAUCACCAGUUGGUGCACAUUAUGGAAAGGUCUCCUUCAACGUCAGUAUCUUCAGUUGACAUGAGAGUUAUGAUGUCUCCCUCUCCUGUGCCAAGACGAGAUGAGUUUUUUAGGCUUGAGGUUGGAGAACGCUUUAGACCGAUGUGUGGGUAUGACCCACAGAUGUUGCAAAUGCUGAAAGAAGAGCAUCAAGUAAUAUUAGAAAAUCAAAGAAAAAUUGGGCUUUAUGUCCAAGAAAAAAGAGAUGGUUUGAAAAGAAAGCAGCAGCUGGAAGAAGAACUGUUGCGAACAAAAAUCAAAGUAGAGAAGCUAAAGGCAAUACGACUACGCCGUGAUCUGCCAGAAUACAGCAGUAUCUAAAUAUUUUAUUACUUCAGUCACAUCCCUUGGAAUACUUAAUAAUAAAUGCUUUUGCCCUAGUGAAACUGUUCCUUAUGUUAAUAUGGUCUUGAAAGAUGAAAGCCUAUUUUCCAUGUUGUUGUUUACGUACCUUAAUAAAAACACCUUGUAUGGGUUUGAGUGCACAAACUCUUCUGAUCUGAAGUAUAAUCAAAUCAUAUAUAGACUUAAGGAUGGUGAGAAUCACAGUUUCUUAAAUAUUUCAACUUAUCUCUAAUAGAGUUGCAGAAAGCAAUGUAGGUUGGUUCUUUUUCAAAAUUUGAUCAUAUGCAUUAUUUUUUCAAAUAAUUACCAAUCCUUUAUUACCUUAACGAACUUACUACUUAAGUAAGCAUACAAAAAGGAGGAGUAAGAAGCUAUGUUUAAAUAUGCUCUUCUUUUCAUGUUGGUAAAUUUUGUGACAGUGGUGAAAUUUCGCUGAUGUAUCAGCUUGGAAAACAAAAUUACUGGAUUGUUAUAUUUUUUUAAUGUUCAGUAGACAGUUGAAUAAAUGUACAUCUUUUAAAAAGUUAAUACUUUUUAAUAUUGUUUUCAGUGGAUGAGUGUUUCCAUAGGAUAUUAUGAAAAUAGAGACAAUGAAUGCAACAAUUCAGUUUUGAAAGUGCAUGCAUGCAUAAUUUGUGUGUACAGUUACCAUGAUCGUAUGUUCUCUUAGAGUAAUUAUACUGGUCCUCAACCAGAGAAGUCUAAUAAGCUCACUUGCAUGCAUAAUUACUGCAGUGCAUGUGCAACCAAGACAGUUGCAUGUGCCUUUGAUCGAUAUCAAUAUGACUGUAAGCUAUCAAAAUGGAAUAGCUUCUGUAUGUAAGUUAUGUGACUCGAAAUCAACAGAAGAUUCUUUGUUAUUCUUGGUACCUUUUAUAAAUGCUGUUGUUCUGCUCCUUUGAUUAGUUUCAAAUAAAAAGCCCAAAAUGAAAAAGAUUAUUCUGUCUGUCCUGGAAGCAGCACUUUCCUCUGCAUUUGUGAUCAGCAUUCAUAACUGGAAGAAAAAUACUGGCAAGCCUAAUUCCUUAACAAUUAAUUUC